AUGAGGAAAGCUGGAGCAAAUCGCAAUAAUGAACGACAGGGCCGAAACCUGGGACAGCAGGGGCCACAAAUGUCACCCCCAGGCCCCUCUAUGAUGUAUCCGCACCAUCAUCAGCAUCAGCACCAUCAUCAGCAUCAGCAUCAACAUCAGCACCAGCACCAACAUCCUCACCAGCAUCCGCACCAACAUCACCAUCAUCACCCCCAUCACAAUGGCGUUUACGGUAAUGCUUACGACAACAUCCGUCAGCCGCAAAUGCCACCACAUAGUUUUGGGCAGGGUGUCUCUGGCAGUCCGUGGAAUAGUCCUCCGCAGCAGACGCCCAUGUAUAAUCAGGGCUACAAUCAAAUGAGCCCGGGCACCGGUGGUGGUUACGGAGAUAUGGGUGGAAUGUACCGAGAUGUGCACGGUGGCCAGUAUCCUUCCUCCCCUUCCCAUAUGGGAGGUGGAGCAAAUAUUCCUUACGGGCGUAACCCAGCGAUGCACAACGGGCUUCCUGCCGGUGCACCCCUUCCCGGUGGGUACGGUGCACUUCCCCAUCAAGGGGCGCACACGCCAAUGGGAUUUGGUCGUGGAGGACAACCUCUCAUGGAACAUAUGCAACCCAGCGGAAUGUACGGUGCACCAAUGAUGCGUCAUGACGGGUACCCGGAUACGCGCGUAAGCCCUCCAGCGCAGGUAGGUUACGGUGCGGGUGCACCUGUGGGACCACCACCGCCACCACCGAUGCCGGCGGGCCCGCCGUACGGUGGCGUUUUGCCUGGUGCAGGUGUUGGCCCUGGAGGUCCGAUGAACGCGUCGAGGCCCCCGGCUGGUAUUGGUGGUGGCGGUGGUGGUGGUGGCAAUGCUGGUUACUUGGAAAUGCGGGCAAGGGGGAUGGGUCCCCAAAUGCCUGCAUCAAACGCAUCACGUCCACCGCGCAUAGGUACACCUGAUCCUGGGAUGAUGCCUCCCAACCGCAUGAAUCAGUCGCCCAUGAUGGGCCAAGGUUUACCCCCCCAAGUGGGCAACUUUAUGCCUCUACCAGGCGUGUCGCCCAGUCCGCACGCUAUGAUCCCUACGACCCCAAGCAUGGGUGACACAUUUCCGGGGGACGAUGCGAAUAUGAGCGGCUCCACGGAGGCGCUUUACGAUUUUCUACAUGAUCGGGGCCUUGUGUCGGUGGACAAUAUCUCAAAGUUCUUUCCAGAGGGAUAUGGAAAGGACGACCCCGCGCUGAAAGUGGCUGUGGACGGUAACUUCUGCCUUACGAGUCUUCGUGAUGAGCUCAGGAAGAGAGACUCCUUGUGGUUUCUUCACUCUACACUCCCCGAGGAAUUACUCAUGUUAGUGCAGCAGCACGUGGAGUGGAUGCGAAACAUGAAACUGGAACCCAUUUGGGUCUUCAACGGUCUUAGCGUGAGUGGUGAUGUGGAGACAUUUCUAACGACUGAGGCGGAGCUGCGUGCUCGCGACGCCGUCUGGAGUAAGCUGGAGGAUGGUGAAAUACCGGAUGAAGUGGAAAUUCAAGAAGCGUUUGAUCAGCCCCUAGGCGAGGACGUGCAAAUGGCGGUUGCACGCUACUUGAAGGAGGAACUGGGCGUAAUGGCGGUUACGGCCCCGUUCCUCAACUGGGCGCAGAUGGUUGCAUUCCACAAGGAGGGAAUUGCGGAUUUAUUAAUGGGGCCGCCAGAGAUGUUGUUGCUUCCGUAUGACGAAAUGAAAGUCAUUGUGCAGAUUGACGUGUCUAAUAGCAGCGUAAAUUAUCUAGACAGGGAUAGGGUUCUUCGUGCACUCUUCCCGAAUCACGUCACCGAAACGAAUACUAGAGUUGCGGGGGAUAGGUUGAUGGACCUUGGCCUCAUUACGGCAACGCACGCUGCACUGUCGUCCGCGCGCGUGACCCUUAAUCUUUCAAUGCAGGAGGUUUAUGAGGAACUAUCCACGCCCACACCGAAAUUUCGCUCCAUUAAGGACUUUAUCAAUGCCCAUGCAUGCUCACAGGAAACGGGCAAGAAGGCCGGUCUCUCCAUUAAGCAUUCCAAAGGGCGUGGAUACCUUCGUUACAGUGCGGUAUUCUCCACGAAAUCACGGGACACACCGUUGGUAUACUUAGUUCGCGUACUCGAUCCUGACUUGACGAACGCCGACAUGCCUACAAAUCUCGCCGGGGUGUUGGGUCAUCUUGUGCCGCUGUCACUAUUUUACAUGCAGUUCUCUGGACUGCUGUCUGUGCGUAUAAUGACGGCUAUAACACAGUCGUACCUCCGUGAUGAAUGCCCCGUUUCAGACACUAAGGACUAUCACACCACAUUAGGGCUCCUCAUGACGAUGCGCAGUCAAGUCAUUGGACAGAUACUGAAGAGGAUUGCGCACCCGCCCCCAAUCAAACGGACCGAGUGCCUUUCGUGGGUUCGAUGGUUUCAACCGAUAUUGGCUCCGAUGGAUCGACCCCGCGACCUCAUCGACUUAGACGAGUGGGAAAUCUCAGAUAGUGAUCAGCUGAAGAAAUUGGACGAAGACUGUUUAGCAGAUUAUAGCAUUGCCUCAGUGCUUAGUGUCACAGCUGAUGCAUCGAGACCAGCGGUGGAAGAGAGCAACCGUCCUGCAGGUCGGGUGCCCAUCCGCUACAACAGCAAGAGGGAGACCUUUUUAGCUAUUCUUCUUAAGUCAUUUGAUUUCCUCGGUUACUUUUCGCACUCCACUGCUCCUAACGACGCGGUGGAUGGGAUGGAAAUGGAGUGCUGCGGGAUGGAUGGCCACGACCGGGGUGGUUCCGUCCCGGCCGCCUACCACGAAAAGGAUCUCAGCAGCAUGAAGAGAAGUGAAGCAAGCGACAUCAAUUUCAUGGCGGAUGAGGGAUUAAAGGACUACCCAUCUGUGUACUUUCCCAUAUACCUGAGGGCAACCAUCAAGGCAAACCCACUUGACGUUCAGGCAUCUUUUGUUCUCCUGACGGAGUUGGUCCGCGUUCGAAUUAUCAAUAGCAAUCCCUGUCGCUACAUCAAUCCUGCCAAUCAGCAGGUAGAAAUUAGUAUGGAUGACCAGGAUACCAAUAGUGACUCGCGUGUGUUACUGGCCUCACGUAUUGCUUGUCUCGUCAAGCUGCCGUAUCGCCGUGCGAGUGAGAACUUGCCCUUUGUAUGGGCUCCUGUCUACAGUCGACACUUAUGUGCCUUCACUGUAAUGGUUCGUGCUAUGUGCCGCUGCCUUCGCGAGCUUGUAGAGGUUAUCACCUCCACUGUGUUCCUUUCUGGAAACAGCAGCUGCAGUUUGCAAGAUUUUGCUGAAUUCGCCUCCAUAUUACCGUUUGGGGAUGUUCCAUCCACCAUCGGUGGGUUACUUCUUCACUACGUACUCGUUUUCCCAUCGGACUACCAAGCUAACCUCACCUCGCGGGAGGAGCGAAUAGAGUACUUGCAAGGGAAAUUCCGCGACAUUCCUGAUCUUGCCGACCACCUUCAUUUGGUUAUGUCCUUCACACUUCAAGCACUGUACCUAAUUAACGCCUACAUGUUGAAUGAUAAGGAAACAAUUGUCGCAAAGGACCAACUUACUGGCACUAUUGUUGAGGACACAAUCGAAAUGAUGUGGCAAAAGUGGCGCGAUCACAUUGAUGACAAUCCCCCAGGUGAUAUCCACAAUUUAUAUCCACCACGACACCAAGAACCGAUUCCUCACUAG